UUGCGCAUGCGUGGUGGACAGAAGAGCGACUUAUUUCUGCGAGGAUAUAUUUCUCGUAACACCGCCGGGCCGCUUGCUCUCUACCUCAGAAACACCGGCCAGCUGAUUACCCAAGGAAACAAACAUGGCAAACAUCAGAUGCUUCUCCAGAGUAUUUGCCGCCUACAGGCAAGGCAUCGUGUCAAGCUACCACCGACCAGCAUCCUUUGGGGUCUCUCAGGUGCGAUGGAUGAGUGGUGUCUCACCACAGUUUGAGGAGGCAAAGACCCGUCUUGGGGCUCUCAAAGAGGAUCCUGGAAAUGAAACGAAGCUGAAGAUUUACGCCCUGUUCAAGCAGGCAACGGCAGGUCCAGUUACAACAAAGCGCCCUGGUAUGAUUGACUUUGUGGGCCGUGCCAAGUGGGAUGCGUGGAAUGCCCUUGGAAGCAUGACUCCAGAGGAGGCACAGAAGACUUAUAUUAAGUUGGUCAACUCACUUGUUGGUGAAGAAGAAACCAAGGCAGCUGAGAAGGCGGAAUCAGGCCAAAAAUAUAACAACCUCAUUGUGACAUGCCAGGAUGGCCUCAGAGUGAUUACACUCAAUAGGCCAUCAAAGAUGAAUGCCAUCACAGUAGAGAUGUAUAAUGAGUGGAUAGCAUCCCUUGAAGAGGCAAGAGAUGACCCUGACACAGUAGUCACAGCCAUCACUGGGGCUGGGAACUACUAUUGCUCUGGAAAUGAUCUUUCCAACUUCACUAACAUCACACCUGAUAAUAUGCACGAGUACUCCAAACAAUCUGGAGUCCUCCUUAACAGGUUUGUCUCAGCAUUCAUUGACUUUCCCAAGCCACUGGUUGGAGUCAUCAAUGGUCCUGCCAUAGGAGUGAGUGUCACAGUGCUGGGACUCUUUGAUGCUGUCUUUGCCACUGAUAAGGCUACCUUCAACACUCCCUUCAGCAACUUGGGGCAGUCACCAGAAGGGUGCUCCUCAUACACAUUUCCCAAGAUAAUGGGUCCAACCAGAGCCAGUGAGCUGUUGCUUUUUAACAAGAAGAUUACUGCACAUGAAGCUAAAGACUUAGGACUUGUAACUGAAGUGUUCCCUGAUGGAAGUUUCCAGCAAGAGGUGUGGCCUAAGAUACAAAGCUAUGCAAAACUGCCUCUCAAGUCUCUUGUUUACUCCAAGGCACUCACCAGGGAUGUGGAGAAGGACAUUCUGCACAAGGUAAACGAUGCAGAGUGCGAUCGCCUUGUGGAACGCUGGGUUUCCGAGGACUGCAUUAAUGCCAUCACAAGGUUCUUCAGCCGUAAGAAUCAAUAGUAUAUACUGGAAAAUAGGAAAUCUGGAAAGAAUGUAUACCAUUAAAAUGCAAAAAUUUAAAUAACUUUACAGUGGAAAACAAAAAACAGGUUAAAUUAAAGGAAAGAGACAGGAGAACUUAUUGAAGGCUAAUAAUGUAUGUUUAUAUGGG